UCGUCCGUCAAUUCGAAUAGACGUGUGAACUGAGACUCCGAGAUACAGCGAAAAGUAUCUGGAAGAUACGCGUAGUUUGGCCCACCAAAACAACUACUGACCGAAUGCAUUGUUUGUGGCCCAGUGAAGUUAUCGUUUAAGAUUGCAAAUUAAUCAAAUUAAUAAAUAUGUAUCUGCGAGAUACGCAGGGUAGUGAAGUUUUUCCAGCCGCAGUGAAAAAUCAAGUGUAAAAACCAAAAACCAAAAACCGCCCCCGCAACAAUAAUAAAAACAACCGGUACACGCCGCCGCCACCCAACCCCCGGAAAAUCGACGUCGCAGUCGUCGUCGUCGCAAUCGUUUGGAAAUAAAUCGUGUUUUUGCAUUUGUUGUUUUUUCGUUGUUUAUAUACGCCAAGUUAUUUACGUCGCAAAGCAAAAUAACAACAAAACGGUUGGCGAAAAACAAAUCAAGUCGGCAAAAAUGUUUUACAAUUAAAAUUACGCGCGCAGCGGCGGGCACAAAGGUGCGAGUAUCUGCAAGAUACACACACGUAGAUCAAAUAAAGCAGCGCAAUAUGCGCAAAUUAAACUAAAAUGCAGCACAUCAGAGCUGUAAAAACUUUUACGACCACGACUGGUAACUUUGCCACCCGCACAGUCGAAAAUAAUACCAGAUACAAAUUAAGGUCGCCCAGCGGCAGCGCAUAAAAACACGUUGGAAGUGGAUGUGGAUGUGGCAAAGGAACUUUUCUACCUGGAGUAUAUUAGUCUCAGUCCCUUAGAUCCUUACACAAAAGGAUAGCCAGCCGGGGAGCGCAAAACUCACACACAAAGGCCGUAAAACAUUUUGGGCUGCUGCAGGUCUCCUCCUCCCAGGACUCGUAAAUUUCCAACCCAACCAGCACUACCACCCCGAAAAAAAAAGAAAAACACCGAAAAAUCCAAGACACCGCCAAGUAACUGCAUCCUCAACCAACUUAUAUAUAGAAAUAUAUAUAUAUAUAUUCGUGCAGAGAUGGCGGGCAACAUUGUCAAAUGGUGGAAGCAUAAAAUUCUCGGCGGCUACAAACAAUUCUCAGUCCAGGAAUGCACCACAGACUCCGAAGAGCUGAUGUACCACCAGGUGCGCGCCUCCUCCUCCUGCAGUGCCCCGCCCGAUUUGCUACUGGUCAGCGAACGUGACAACAAUAUCCAACUGCGAUCGCCGAUGGUGAAUAUAAUCACCACGCCGCCGGGCAAUGCCUCCAGUGCGGCCAGCAAGCAUCAGUCCUCGUCGCACCAGCACCACCAGACGAAUCCCCACCACCACUCCGGCCGGCACAAUCACAAUCCUUCGCAGUCGGCACAUCCGCAGGACAUGAGCAGCGGUGGCAGCCACAGCAAACAUCUGCGAAUCAGCAGCACUUCCAACGGAAGGCACGGCAAAUACUCGAAUAUGCAGCACCACCUGCCCCAGGAUGAGGAUGUGGUGGAUGCCGCUGCCGCUGCCUCCAUGCAACAGCCACACGGCAACCACGCCCACUCACGUCACCUGCACCACCACAAAGAGGAGCGCAUCCGGCUGGAGGAAUUCACCUGCGACGUGUCCGUGGAGGGUGGCAAGUCAUCGCAGCCGCUGCAGUUCUCGUUCACGUUCUACGAUUUGGACGGGCACCAUGGCAAGAUAACAAAGGACGACAUCGUGGGCAUUGUGUACACCAUAUACGAGUCCAUUGGCAAGUCGGUGGUGGUGCCCCACUGCGGCAGCAAGACAAUCAACGUGCGGCUCACCGUCAGUCCCGAGGGCAAAUCGAAAUCGCAGCCAGUGGUGCCGGUGCCCGGUGUUCCCGUUUCAGUGCCAACCGGAUUCAGCAGCAGCCAUGCCAGCAAACUGAAGAAGUUGCCCACGGGCCUGGCGGCCAUGUCGAAACCCUUGGUUGGGGCAGGAGUGUUGUCCUCCGGAGCGACGGCGCUAACGACAUCCGCCGGCAACCGCCGCCAGCAUCGCUAUCGACCGCGCAAACUGAUUAAGUCCGAUGACGAGGACGAUGACAGCAACAGCGAAAAAGAGAAGGGCACGACCACAGCUCCGGCCACCACCGACCAGCCCAGCGGAAGUGGGGCCAAAACGGGCGGAAGGAGCCAUCACCACCAGGCCACGCAGGCCACCAGGUACCACCACAGCCAGAAGAACAAUUCCCGGGCGGAGCAGUGCUGCGCGGAGCAGAACACGCCGGACAAUGGCCACAAUACCUACGAGAAUAUGCUGAAUCUCAAGUGCUGCAAGCCGGAGAGCGACCAGGUCGACUGCCCCUCGCACCGCCAGCACCACCAGCACCACCAACUCCGGCAGCAGGACAUCUACAUGAAGCAGGCCACCCAGCGGGUCAAGAUGUUGCGGAGGGCGCGCAAACAAAAGUAUCAGGAUCAUUGCCUCGAAACGCGGCAGCGUAGCCUCUCAGUGGGCAACGAUUCCGGCUGGCAGAAUCGCCAUCUGCAGCCACAGCAACCACCGGUGGGUCAGGCAGCUGCCACGCCCCCCCAACCGCUGAACCACAAGAGCGCAUCGGGGUCACCACCAACAGGGGGUGGUGGCGGAGGCGAUCUGAUGCUCGAUGGUGUGCAGCUGCGCCAGCCACGCCCCCAAUCCCUCAACCACCAGCAGCAUCAGCAGCAACGGAAAUCGGCCGAGUGCUGGAAAUCUGCGCUCAAUCGCAACGAUUUAAUUAGCAUCAUCAGGGAGAGCAUGGAGAAGAAUCGCCUGUGUUUUCAGCUGAAUGGAAAACCCCAAGCCAAUGUGAGUCCCAUACGGCAACCGGCAGCACAACAACAACAACAACAACAGCAACGCCAACGCUGCAAUACGGGCUCGAAAAUACCCACAUUAAUUGCCAACCACAGUCCGGUGCGGCAACCGGCAGAGCAGCUUAGCCACAAUUAUACCGCGCAACAACAACAAUCGCAGCAAAUGAUUGGAAUGAGUCACCAGCAAGAACCUACUCAGGAAAUCCAACGGUUGCAGCCAAAUCAGACUCAAAACUUGCCGCAGCAGCAGCAGCAUCACAGCAACAACCACCACGAGCAUCCGCAACCACACAUACCCAUCUACCACCAACAGUUGGCCAUUAAUCCGGCCGUUUUGGCCGCCCAGCAAACGCACAAUACGGCCCACAACAAGCUGAAUCUAUGUGGCUACGAUUCCUUCCUGCAUGCCACCAUCUGUGGGGGCGGGGCAGCCGCCCACUCGCCCCCGGCCACGCCCAGUAAUGUGGCCACCGUUCAGCCGAUACCGAAGAAGAGCCAGAAGAAGGAGUACAAGAACUAUGGCAAUCUGAUCUAUGCCAAGUUGAGUGAGCAGCUGGAGCAGAAGGAUCGGGAGCAGCGGCGCCAGCGGCACAAGCAGCAACAUCAGAAGCUCCAGGAUCAUCACAAGGACUCGUCCAAAAUGGAGACGCGACCUCCGACCUCGAACUCAAGUUCGGCGGGCUCGAAGAUCUAUGGCGAUGCCUUGGAGUGUGCCCACCUGCUGGCCAGCGAGGAGGAGGAUCUGCCCCCCAGUCCGCAGUUGACCAGCACACCGAGCAAGGUGGUCAGCACCGAUACCCUCAUCGAUCUGAACGACGAUGUGGGCGAGGCUGUGGCCGAGGCGGUCACCAAUGGUGGCAAAUCGAAUCUGGAGGCGGAGGAGUCGGGCGAGCAGGUGGAGGUGGAACUGGACACCAGUGCCUCCAGCUCCAUGAUCCACCGCUAUGUGCACGAGCACAUCCACCACCACUAUCACCACUUCAAGGAGCAGCUGGAUGUCUAGGCUAAGUCGAGGGAGAACCACUAUACACUACUUGAAUGUUGCUUAUGUUUCAGUCUAUUGAUUAAUGUAGCGCGAAUUGUAAUUUAAAGUAAGCAUUCAUCAACUUAAAACCAAGAAAAUAUUCGAAAAACGAUAUUAGGGCCACAAGAAGUGGAGUUGGAGGAGUGAGUUUGGAACAGAAUAAUCAGAAAUUAUUUAGAUUAGUAAAAAAUAUAUUUGAAGUGUAGGUAUUGUUGAUAAAAAGAAAUUACAAUUUUUAUUAUAUAUUUGAGAGACCACUGCAGUUCGAAAAUAUGCUAUCAACUGGGGGCAUAUUUAUUUUGACCAUGCUUUUGAACGUUUAAGUAAUGUAGAACCAACAAACUAAUUUAAAUUAGAUAAAAAAAGUAAUCAAACAAUAGUUUAAAGUUCCUGAAUAUGUAAAAACUUAUAGAAAAAGUAUUUAACCAAUUCCAAACUCACUACUCCAACAACGCUUGGGAAAAUCUUCAGAACCAAACAUGAUGAGGUCAUUGAACUCAUUGAAGAUUUAACCCAUUGUGAGAUCCGCUGAACCCAGCAAAUAUGUCAUAUAUGUAGCCUCUACAGCUUACGCAGAAAUCGAAAAUUAAACAAAAAUUAUGCGCCUUUUGCCUUAGCAACAAUCGAAUCGCCGCUUCGCUAAUCUAAUCAACUAGCAACAUGUUGCAGCCACACAUAUCACUAUCAGAAACAGAGGACGCUGGCAACAUGUUGCCCCAAGCAUUUUGUGUUGCUGUGUGUGUGUACGUGUAAACUAAAUGGGAGAAAAACUAUUGUUUAGUGCAAAUUAUUAAAUCAAAUUGUUGUCUAUGAUAUAAAAUUUUAUGCGCCGCUUUUUAAGUGUUUAGACAGAAAGAGAGAGCAACAAAUGAUUACUGUGGAACUAUGGCCGCCAGUUUUAAGUUAACUAUCGAUCGUGUAUAUUUAUGUUAUCUAAGCCAAUUAAUUUAAAUACUACUUUAAGUUUCUAACACUAACCCCAAAACAAGACAAGCAACAAUGCAACUAACUACUAAACCACAACAACAACCACAAAACGCACAAAUUGUAGUUCAAUUAUUAUUUUUAAACUUGUUUUUAAUUUCAUCAUCUGUCGAACCAAUCGAGUUACCAAUCCAAAUCCAAUCUAUCAAUCAAUCAAAUCAAACGAAACAAGCACAAAAACAAAAUGCAUUUAACUCUUAUUUACAUAA